UGCACAACACAAAUAAUCUGCCUUUGUAGCUCUGCUUUUAUUUCCUCAGGGUGCUAUGUGGAAAGUUGUGCUUCUGGCUGUGUGUCUGCUGGCAAAUGAAGUUCACACCAUGGACAACCCAGUGUAUGGCGUCAAGCUCUGUGGUCGUGAGUUCAUUCGAGCAGUCAUCUUCACUUGUGGUGGCUCACGAUGGAGACGAUCGCUCAGGACUUCAGCAGAAGACCUAUUCAGCGCCCAUCAAGAUUCCUCAGGGGAACUGAGUCACAAUCCUGUGAUGGAGAGUAAACGCUACAGAAACAGAGAUCUGGAUAUCCUAUCAAGUGAAAACCAAGAGAGAAUUUUCAGCCGGCCAACUCGUUCUUUUAUCACAGAGGAGAUUCUCGAAGCCCUGCGGAAGGCAGAUCGCAAGGGCCGGGAAGUGGUUUUGGGUCUUUCCAAUGCAUGCUGCAAGUGGGGCUGCAGCAAGAGUGAGAUCAGCUCCCUUUGCUGAGAACUGAACACAACAAUCACACAAACAGACAUGCAUACCAGUACAUCAUUGUGAAAUUAUCAUGAAUAUUAAACACAUCAAUGUAUACGGUAAUUUUUUUCUUAUGAAACUUUGGCCAUUUUAUAUCAUUGUAAAAACAUUAACUUAACAGUUUUAUUUGUCAGAUGGAUGAAUUCUACUAGAACUGUCAUGGUACAUGUUUGUUCCAUAUGGCAUUCAAUGCUUUGAUAACACAUUUUUGUGAACACUG